CGCGAUGUGAACGUGAACGCACCACUACUCCGGAUGCGUUUAGGGUCAUUGAGCGUGUUUUUUGAUUUUGCAUGAGUGAGUGACCAGCUAGAAAUAUGGGCGGUAAAUCCAACUUGGAGCUCAGGUUGAUUUAGUUGAACCCAUGAUGAACUAUGAGGCCCUGGACACUGGGAUGGGGGACUACUCUCCUAGCCUUCACGGGACUCUGGAUGCAGGGAUGGAGCCCGCCCUGGAUCCCCACAUCAACCCCGACCUUCUGCAGGGUGUUGACAUUGAUGCGGAUGGUCUGGCCGUGACAGUACCCGAAUCCGUGCAUCUCAUGGAGGGCAUGUUUUCUGAGCUGCAUAGUGUUGUCUCUGAAGUCGGUGUCCCAGUUACAGCCACACAUUUUGACGUGCAGGAAGAGAUGCUUUGGAUGGGAAACCACAGAGGUCACGCUACAUCAUUCUUUGGCUCUACGAUGGGCCGCUACUCUUCUUUUCAAGUUCAUGCAACCGAUGACAUUCGACACAUUCAGAGUCUGGAGACAGGCGUGCUGUUCCUCUCAAAGUGUAGCCUCAAGUGCUGUACUCGUGGGGGCCUCGUCAUGUUUGACUAUCCGAUGGAGGAAGGCGCUGACAUGCACAGUCUCCUCAUGACUGACAACAAUACGUUGCUAAUGGGAGGACUACAAAACUAUGUAGCUGAAGUUGACCUGAAUACAGUUCAAGAAACUCAAAAGUUCACCGUGGAGGUCCCCGGUGUUGCAAUCAUGCGCCAAACCAGUCGCUUUUUCUUCUGCGGGCACACUUCAGGCAAGGUGACGCUCCGUGACCUGCGUUCGUUCAAGACGGAGCACGAGUUUGACGCCUUCUCAGGCAGCCUGUCGGACUUCGACGUGCACGGCAACCUCUUGGCCGCCUGCGGCUUCUCCAGCCGAGGACUGAACGGCUUGGCUUGCGACCGAUUCCUUAUGGUGUACGACCUCCGCAUGAUGCGAGCUGUCACGCCGCUUCAAGUACAUGUGGACCCACUCUUCUUGCGCUUCAUUCCUACGUACACAUCACGCUUGGCCAUUAUCUCACAGACAGGUCAGUGCCAAUUCUGUGAGCCCAGUGGGCUAGCCAACGUGGCGGACAUUUUUCACGUGAACACCGUGGGCCAGCUGCUGAUGAGUUUUGACGUGUCGUCUAGCAAGCAAGCUUUAGCCUUCGGAGACUCCGGGGGAUGCGUGCACCUGUGGUCGGACGCUGCCGACGUGUCAUUCAACGACUACUCUCGUGAGACGGAGUUUGCGCUGCCGUGCCUUGUGGACACGCUGCCUCAGCUGGAUUGGAACCAUGACCUGCUGCCUCUGUCGCUCAUCCCCAUGACGCUCACCAGCACAGAGCCACUCUUGUCCGACUGGCCCGCUGCGCUGGCCACACCCAGCCCCAGACGAGCUCCUCCCGUGGACCCAGAAAUCCUGCGCACAAUGAAGACCGUUGGAUUCAUCGGAUACGCAGCAAACCCUCGCACUCGUCCCCGCAACCAGGUUCCCUACAAACUGAAAGAUGUGGAGCAGGAUUACGACAGUUACAACCAAGUUCCAGAAUCACCAAUUGGACGUGAUGAAGAGCCCCACCUCUACAUGGUGCCCAAAAAAUAUAGAAAGGUGACCAUUAAAUACUCCAAACUGGGACUGGAGGACUUUGACUUUAAACAUUACAACAAAACCUUGUUUGCCGGCCUGGAGCCUCACAUCCCCAAUGCCUACUGCAACUGCAUGAUCCAGGUAUUGUAUUUCCUGGAGCCAAUUCGCUGUCUGGUACAGAAUCAUUUGUGUCAGAAGGAGUUUUGUUUGGCCUGUGAGCUGGGCUUCCUUUUCCACAUGUUGGAUUUGUCACGAGGAGAUCCAUGUCAGGCAAGUAAUUUCCUGCGGGCAUUUCGCACCAUCCCCGAAGCGUCGGCGCUGGGGCUGAUCUUGGCAGACUCCGAUGAGCAAACAGGGAAGGCCAGGCUCGGGCGCCUCAUCCAAAGCUGGAACCGCUUCAUUCUCACACAACUGCACCAGGAGACUCAAGAGCAGGAAGGGCCACAGGCCUACAGGGGAGCCAGCAGCAGCUCUCUGGGCUCGUCUGGUGAGUCUGCCAUCGGGAGGCUGUUUGGAUGCGAGGUGGAGAACAGCAGCCUGUGUCGCUGCGGGAAAGAGACCGUACGCUCCUCUCUCACCUUGCUCUUCACAAUGCACUACCCCGAGCACAACUCUCAAGAGAAAACGAUAAAGGAGUACGAAUUUGCCGAGAUUCUGAAGAAGAGCAUCUGCUUGGAGCAGAAUACACAGGCGUGGUGUGAAAACUGUGAGAAGUAUCAGCCCACGGUCCAGACACGCAACAUUCGGUGUCUCCCUGAUGUUUUGGUGAUAAACUGUGAGGUGAACAGCGCUAAAGAAGCGGAAUUCUGGAAAGUCCAGGCAGAGUACGCCUUCACUAAAGCUAGGCAAAAAGGGAAAUCGGAGCCGGCAGUGCCGAAAGACGCCCCGCGCAUGCCCACUGAGUGGUGCCUAGAUAGCGAGGACGUUUGCGGCAUGGAGGCCUUCAGCCGCUUGGAGGACCUGAGGCACCUGUGGAUCCCGCUCACGUUGAAGAUGGCCAUCAACAAGAGCCAGGGGCUACAGAUCAGCAGCUGGCCAGAAGGAGAGGAGCUGAGUGGCGACGAGGAGGCGGACGGCGCGGCCCUCUACGACUUGGUGGUAACCGUGCCUCAUGUCCUUGACGCUCGCACGGGGGGAAACUUAGUGGCACACAUCAAAGUGGGAGAAACGUAUCACCAGAGAAAAGAGGGAGUCACACACCAGCAGUGGUAUCUUUUCAACGAUUUCCUCAUCGAGCCCAUUGACAAGACCGAAGCUGCCCAGUUCGACAUGAGCUGGAAAGUGCCCGCCGUCCUCUACUACGCCAAGAGGAACUACCACACCAAAUACGACCUUCGCAUUCAAAAGCCCAUUGAUGCCAGCGUUCUGCUGACGGAGGCCUCGCUGGCUCGCAAACAGAGGAAGAGUCACGCCACUUUCAUCCCGCUCAUGGUCGGCGAGAUGCCGCAGGCAGGCGAUCUGGUGGGGCUGGAUGCAGAGUUUGUUACACUCAACCAGGAAGAGGCGGAGCUGCGCAGUGACGGCACCAAGUCGACCAUCAAGCCCAGUCAGAUGUCCGUGGCCAGGAUCACCUGCGUGCGGGGUCAGGGGCCCAACGAGGGCGUGCCCUUCAUCGAUGACUACAUCUCCACGCAGGAGCAGGUGGUGGACUACUUGACUCAGUAUUCCGGCAUCAAACCGGGUGACCUGGAUGCCAAGAUCUCGUCCAAGCACUUGACGACUCUGAAGUCCACCUACCUCAAGCUGCGCUUCCUUAUCGACACAGGAGUCCGCUUUGUCGGUCACGGCUUGCAGAAGGACUUCCGAGUGAUCAAUUUAUUGGUGCUCAAAGACCAAGUCAUUGAUACCGUCUACCUUUUCCAUUUGCCUCGGAAGAGGAUGAUCUCGCUGCGCUUUCUCGCCUGGUACUUUCUCGACCUGAGCAUCCAGGGGGAAACCCACGACAGCAUCGAGGACGCGCGCACGGCCCUGCAGCUCUACAGGAAGUAUUUAGAAGUGAGUCGUGGAGGCGGCCCCGACCAAGUCAGGAAGGUCCUGAAGGGACUUUAUGAAAAAGGCCGCCAGAUGGACUGGAAAGUCCCAGAUGUGGACGCGGGAGAUGGUGGAGGUAGCCCAAAAAGUGCUGCGCUGUUUCCUCCCGUCGUCGGCCUGUGACUCAACAACGGCAAUGUCGUCACCAUUUCUUAUCUUCCUUUUGCAGAGCCAAUCGGUCUUUCAUCAGCGCUUGUCACCAUUGACACUUUUUACUUUGGAAAUGAUUCUUUGAACAGGAAGUGAGGUUACUGUUUUUAGAAAACCCCAAGUUGUUUGUUUUCUUUGCUCUGAAAAGUUGUUGGUGCAUGUAAAUAAAGAAAUGGAACGUGAGCACCAGGAA